AUGCUAAUGGAGAGAAAUGUAGUAGAAGAAACCGAGAACUCUGUGGCGAUAGAGAUUGACAGUUCAAAGGGGCUUGAACCUCCAUUUGCUGAAGACGAGAAAAUUUUGGAAGAAAAAGACCUUGUGCUUCCGGGGACUUACCACCACAAAAGGAAUGUUGUAAGCAUCAACAAACAUGUCGCUUCCUCAGUCAAGAGGUACAUGGUGUGCGAUCUUGAUGUUACGCGCCUGAACAAAAUCCACAAACACCUCUGGUUAGCAGGACUGCCAUCGGCCUCGCGAGCAUUGCACAACCAAGUCAGAGUUGGACGAGAAGUCAUCAUUACUGAGAAUGCCGAUCUGCAUCUUGUUUGGCGCGACAACGUCGUGACCUUGAAGCCGCUCCCUGAUUAUUUGCUCAGCUAUAAAACCUGGAUCGACGUACUUUGCAAGGACGAAGGCCUUUAUAGGAGUGCGAGAGGGUUCCUUUAUUCUUAUACAUGGCUAAUAAGCAGCAAAAGCGAUCUACGGAUUGCGCAUGCAAAGGGUUUGAUCUCGGAGGACAUCAAGUGGGAGAAUUGGGCUCCCUUCUCUGCGGCCGUGGUUUCACGCAUCCAAGAAGAUCCGGCAAGCAUCAACCAAAGAUACAAUUACGGCGAACUGCGUCUCAAGCGACUUAAUCUGAUAUACCGAUUCAGCUUUGCAUCAAACUUCAAGACCAUGAUCCGAGGAUACGAGUACGGCUAUCAUCAGUACUCGACUUACUUUGAGAGAAACUUUAAAUGGGUGCUAACGGCCAUCAUCUACAUCACCGUGGUGUUGACGGCGAUGCAAGUGGGAUUGGCUACGACACAAUUAAACACAAACGCAAUGUUCAACCGCGUAUCGUAUGGAUUCACACUAUUUUCCAUACUGGCCCCGUUAAUUACGCUGGCCAUUGGGGCAAUUAUAAUGUUAAUAUUAGCCGUGUUCAACGUUCGACAUGCACUGGGGGAGAAAGCCAGGGCACAGCAGUAG